GGCGUUGUUCGACUGACUCAUACCGAAGGCGGACUCUGUUAAUACAAAACGAGAUUAGGUGUAGUGCAAAGUGAAACAAAAUCGUAUCGUUUUCAUCAACAAUAGCUUCAUUGAACUCUCAGGUCAUUCGGAUAGCAUUUCAAAGUGAAUCCAAUAAAUUCUGAUUAAGACAGCGCCUGAUCGAGCAAUUUGGAGUGUGAGUGAUGACAAAAUCGAUUGGAAUCGAAUGUAUUCAUUUGUGUCGCAUGAAAUGCUAACCGACCGCAGGCUAUAACUUAAUUUUUUUUUCAACUCGUAUUUACAUACGAAUGACGAAGCCGGCACUCGGCAUUCGUUCUUCCAUAAAACUUAAAUGCCGAAUGAUGUAAUCCGAAGUGAGACAAACAAAGCGGUGAGGCAUACGAUGAGAAUGAGUAACACCGUGGCACGAGUGCAUCCAUGAAGCAUAUGGUGGCUUUAACAUCAAGAUAAACUAUAGGUACGUCAGAUUGUCAGAAAUAUAAAAAAAAAUCAACACAUUCAUUAUGAACGCUUCCGAUUACAACGAAAUGGACGUCACAUCAGAUAGUGAUCAAUUCGAAGAAACGUACGAGUGUGAUGGAGCAAUUGAACUGCAAUUACGAUCAAAAUUGUCGAACGAACAUUCUUCGGAUCAAUCGGAAAUUGAUGAAGUUGCACUUGCCCUGCAAAAUCUCGGUUUGGAUGUCAAUGACGAGCCAUCGGUUUCGCAACAAGUAGAUGUUGGUGAAGCGCGAAGACAGCCGAUUGAACGGUGCAUUCAGUUGUUGGUUCAUGCUUGUCGCUGUCAAGAGCAACAGUGUCGUCAACCUUCGUGCCUGAAAAUGAAACAGGUUGUGGCGCACACAAAGAUUUGCAAACGGAGAACCAAGGGCGGUUGCCCGAUCUGCAAACAGCUUAUCGCUUUGUGUUGCUACCACGCAAAACGCUGCAACGAAGUCAAGUGUUUGGUUCUGUUCUGUCUGAAUAUCAAGCACAAGCUCAAACAACAGCAACUUGCUCAAAGAUGUGAACAGUUGGCAGGAAGUUUGUACACUGAAAAUGUUGCUGAGCCAGUAUCAUUAAGACGUGUUUUCGAUGAGGUGGCUUCAGCUUCCAAACAAAGUGUCCAACUACAGCAACCGAAUCAAAACAUGCCCGGCGAAUCGCAAUCAGAUCCGAAGAAGCGGAAGCUCAUCCAACAGCAAUUGGUGUUAUUGUUGCAUGCGCACAAGUGUCAAAAGCGCGAAAAUGAUAAUCCAAACGGUCAGGAUGCGAACAAGUGCACGUUGUCGCAUUGCAAACCCAUGAAAGACGUUUUAAAUCACAUGAAAAACUGUGAAACGGAUAAAGAUUGCACGGUGCCGCAUUGUUCGUCGUCGCGUCAAAUUAUGAGCCAUUGGAAGAACUGCAAUCGGUCGGAUUGUCCGGUGUGUUUGCCGUUGAAACAAGCGAACAAAGGAAAUAAUAGUAAUGCUCCGAGAAAUGUGGGAAUCCCAAAUAGAAUCAUGUUUUUAUCACGCAACCUCAGAGCCCAACAGCGGAAGGCAAACAUUGGACAAAUUGGUAAGAGUGUUGAUAAUGUCAUCUCGACACAUCGCAUCAUCGAUCACCGCGAAAAUUGUAAAGAUGCCGAUUGUCAAACGUGUAUGCUCUUGAAUCAAGCAUUGGAACAGUUGGACAAAAGCAAGAAGAAUACUGAUGAAUCUGGAUCAUCAGCCAGUAAAUAGGCAUUUACUGCAAACGGAAAUUUUCCAACGAAAUUUAUGAUUAGUAGACGUAAAACUCAUAAUCAUUUCUUCAUAUUUUUAAUCCAAUAUACUAUUUCAUCGACUUUUUUCGUUUUUCAUGUUUUGUAAUAUUCAAUUUUAUCUUAAGAUUUUCUCUAAAUACACUAAAUAAAUACACAGAGAAUCGAAUUAUGCCUUUUGGCCAAUUGACAAUUAAAAACGGCACGGCAUAUUGACAAUACCAUAGCUAUUUUGGUAACAGAACGCAGCGAUGCCAAGAAAUGUAUCGUUUGUUUGAUGAAAAAAAAACAGUUUUUCUACUUUUUAAUGUGUGGCAAAAAACCGUUUAGCAUUCUAUACUUAACGAAUAAGUUAGAUAAACGACGCAUUGGCCCUUAAAAUCUAUUUUAACGGAAUUUAUAAAGAUGCCAAAUAGAAAACUAAGUAAUACCAAUGGAUAUUCGAAAAACAAUCAUUGUCCAAAAAGAAUAAACCGUUUCGUAACGUAGAAUAGUUCAAUUUUGUUAGUUAAGCCCCCAGAAGAUAUAGUUUCUUCAGAAGCAAAUUUUGAUAAGUAUCGCCCGUCAUUCACUUUCUUUGGAAUAUAAAUUAUGAUCGACGACACACUCAAGAGGUCAUAAUUCAUGCCUCGUAAAAGAGUAAGAGUAUUCAGAAGAAAAAAGAAUUCAGUCAUGUCGGUUAAGAGCAUUUCAUCCGAACAUUUUCAACGGAUUACGUCAUUUCGAUAUUUUUCAUGCAAUACUUUUUUUUUAAUAAGCGUAAAAUAAAUGUAAACCAAAA